AGUUCUGAAGUUGCAACUGCCCUAGAAAAUCGAAGCCACAAGGUUCGGUAUUCAGAUUCGGUAGAAGAUGGAGCAGUUAUAUUCUCUCUCUCUGGAGUUGCCUUUUUAUUAGUGGAUGCUCAAGAAUGCUUCAUGUCUGCUGAAGAAGUAUUUCUAGCCCAAAUUGAGAAGUUUAUUAACAUUCACCAGAACAGUUUUUUGGUUCUGUCUGCUGCACGCCACGGGCCUGAGGAGUGGAAACUGAUGUUGAGGACUCAGCAGAGAUUCCUGGGUAGUAACUUACGGAUACUUCCAGUACACAACGCAGCAAAUGCCGUUAAUCUUAUGUGCACCAUAGCUAAGAUCACCUCCAAGCCAUACAUAGACAGCAUCUGCUACAGAAUGAUAACAACUAAAGCUUACAUCAUUGAGCAAAGUCCUGUCUGGACAACACUUCAUAAGAUAAAGCUGAGCAGUGGUGCAUUUAACCCAAGUUAGGUUAUCAGUUACAGGUGUUCUUUUAGAAGAAUACUGAAAUAAAAUAUGUACAGUUAAA